AGCGAAACACUUGAUGGCAGCAGCGGACUGUUCAACUGCAGCUAACCAUAAUAAUAAACAAAGAAGAAAACCAGCGACGCUACCCGGAAGUCUAUUCCAGCCGUAUUGAUUUUCCCUUUCAUUUAUAUCACACCUGACAAAACCCUUAUUUUUUUGGGAGUUGGUGUUUUAUGAUGGAUGAUGUUUGAGACUUAAGGAGGUGUUUAGUAAUUGUACGUGUGGCGGUUGGCGGGUGUCUGGAGCCAUGGAGGUACCCCAGUGUGGUUGACGUUGUCCCCGGAAUUGAUGCACCAUGAUCCCCGUACCUUUGCUGGUGUGUGUGAUGGCAGCCUGGUGUGCAGUCUACCUCGCAGACACACUACUGAGGUCGUCGUCCAGACAUCGGAUCAGCUAUGAGUCCUGGCUGGCCAGGCGAGGUCUGAUGCUGUCUCCUUUCCACGUGAGGUGGCAGACAAGCAUGUUCAACUGGCUGUUUGCGUACUGCGCCCGCAUACAGCCGCGUGCGCUCUACCUGUGGUUCAACAGUGGUCUGGUGUUCGGGCUGGUGGCCAUGCUGGCGUCGGUGGUGCUGCUGGCGAAAACAUUGCAGCAGACCCUUGCUCAGAUGACCACCAGCAACCCUCGCAUUGGCGCUCAGCAGACACUGCAGGUGGUGGUGCCCGGCGUCAACCUACCGGUCGGUCAUCUGGGCUACUUCUUCCUCGCCCUGCUGCUCAGCGGCGUUAUACACGAGCUUGGCCACGCGGUGGCAGCGCUGAGGGAGCAAGUACGAGUGAAUGGCUUCGGCAUGUUUGUGUUCGUGGUCUAUCCCGGCGCCUUUGUGGACCUCUUCACCACACACCUGAACAUCGUGUCGCCCAUACAGCAGCUUCGCAUCUUCUGCGCAGGAGUGUGGCACAACUUUGUGUUGUGCUUGGCGGCGUUGGCGUUCCUCUUCCUGUUACCGCUGUUCCUCUUCCCUUUGUACACGAGCGGCGUGGGGGCGCUGGUCACCGAGGUUGCACCGGGCUCAGCUGCUGACGGACAGCGGGGUCUCUCCGUGGGGGACAUCAUAACGGGCUUGGAGCAAUGUACUGUCAGCGGGGUGGACGACUGGAACAGCUGCCUGUCUCACCUCUCCCACACGCCGCAAACGGGAUACUGCGUCCCCGCCGCCAGCCUGCAGCCCAGCUGGGCCCACGGACGAGCGUUCAAGCGCCUGGAUGGGACGAUGGACUGCUGCAGCAACAACAGCCUGACGGACCUCUGCUUCUCCUACAUCAAACCUUUGAGCCGUGAGAGAGAGUACGCCUGCAUGCCGGUGCGUAAGAUGGUGACGGGCACCAACGUGUGUCGCAGCGACCGCGACUGCGACGCUCUCGCCAGCCUCAGCGUUUGCGUCACGCCCUCCUUGGAGAACCAGACGCGCUUCAUCCGGGUCACGCACUCUCCUGCCCCACACAUGCUGUUUGUGGGGUACCCGCCACAUCUUCAACACGCCGUGAGUCUCACCAACUUUGUGCCGCGCUUUGGUUUCCUCCACUUAGACAUUCCUGUCUUCUUGGAGACAUUCUGCAAAUAUGUGUUUUCCCUCUCGGGCGCUUUGGCGGUGGUCAACUCUGUGCCGUGCUUCGCUCUGGACGGUCAGUGGAUGCUCAGCGCCUUGCUGGAGGCCACGCUGGUCACCGUGGUGACAGACCGCCAGAAGCGCGAGCUCAUCGGCUUCUUCCUGCUCCUCGGCGGCAGCGCCCUGCUGGCCGCCAACGUGGCACUGGGCCUGUGGAUGGUCACGGCGCGGUAGCCAACCAGCCAUGAUGGUCAAAUAACCAAAAACUCGGGACGCGAGCCUGAGGACCACUAAACUGUGAAGAGACGACAUUACCCAGCAGCCCCCAGGUUUGCCUUUUUACUCUAGUGCAACCUCACAGGGCAACAAAGAUCAAGAGAAGCACAUGUGCUGUAUGUAAGGAUGUGAACUAUGUCUCAUUUAGGGUAUUUCAUUACCUCCGCCAAGCUUAAUCAUAACCAUCCAAUGAAAAGCAGUUAUUGCCAAUUUUCUUUUUGUGCUAAAAUACGAUACAAGUUUGUUGGAAAAUAUUAUUUUUUUACAUUUGUUAAGUUUUCAUGUGGACUUAUGUUGGAUACAUUGCAUCUAUUUAUUUUCAACAGGAAACCAUGUUUGAUUAAUCAUAAAAAAUAUUGCAAAAAAUUAAUAAACCAUGGCUAAAAAGUUGAAAAUUAAAAAUAAUAUACCGCCA